AGGGGAGGAAUGGGCCGGUUUUACACUGUGAGGUGAUAUUGCACUCCCAGUGAUCCCUGUUGGAUAGUGUUCAGUUUAGCACAGCAAGAUCCAACAGCCCCCACCGCUCCCGUCGUUCACGGUCGAGGUGAGCAAAUUGGUGGCUUUCCCUCUCAAAACACCCCAACAAACAACCCUAAUCUUGCCUUCUGUUCCACCACCAUAGUUGCCCCUACCAAUCCAACGAUACCGGUGCCCCCGAUCCAAACCAUUGAUUUGCCCCCUCGCCCGCCUCUCUGCGGGUGCCAGUAUCAAACAUGGCCGCCCCUGGCCUGCUCAAGCCCCGCCCACAUGACCUCCGUUCAAAAGCUGACAGACAUUGACGUUGUCCAACCCGCACGAAAGGCUGGAUUUGUGCGGGGUAACGUUUCCUUUCCGCUCCGGAAGAGGAAGCGGCCGGGCGGGAGACAUGGCGCUGUAAACAGCCCGGCCCGUUUCUCAGGGGAGGCAAUCCAGGAGCAGAACCCCCACCUCGGCUGCACUCUCCUUUCCAACUUCGGUGCCCAGACUGACCCCUCAACCCGUCCGCAAAAUGCCAGAGAUCAGGCUUCAGCAUGUGGUGUCCUGCAGCAGCGAGGACCCGACCCAUAAGGCUGAGAAUCUGCUCCUUGCGGAUACAUACCGAAAAUGGCGUUGCAGCAACUGUGGAGAGAAGCAGAACUCAGUCAUCCUCCAGGUACGUCUGUGCUAGAGUUUGAGAAGGCAGAAUUGAUUCACAGCAUUGAUAUCGGCAAUGAGGGGUCUGCUUUCGUGGAAGUGUUGGUGGGCAAUUCAACAUCAGCCUGUGAGCAGGACUUUGAGGUGAUCCUGGUCUCCUCCUUCUUCAUGUCUCCCACGGAGAGUCGCAGCGGUACCAACCUGAACCGUGUCCGGAUGUUUGGGCCUGACAAGUUGGCCAAAGGUGUCCUGGGGAAAAAAUGGGACCGUGUCAAAGUGGUCUGUACUCAACCCUACAACAAGAAUUUGCCCUAUGGGCUGUCGUUCAUCAAAUUUCACUCUACUCCCGAAGCUGAUGAGAAGACCCCAAAUUCCUACACUGCGAAAGUGACCAAGCUCGGCCAGUUUGUGGUGAAGGAGGAGGGGAGCACUGAGAGCCUGCGGCCGGGUAGCCUCUUCUUCAACAGGGUGACCAGGCCCUCGACCACCACUGCAGGGUCUCCCCUGUCAGUGAGCGAACGGCCAGUGGCGAGUUACGCAGCAGCCACUCUACAGGCCAGUGGGGUCACCUCCCCUGGCUCUGCCCUUCUGGGGGACAAUGAAAAUCCACUGGUUCAGCCCAGCCUCCGGGAUCUGACCCCCAAGGAUGCCGCGCCAACCAAGAGGAAGUUUCAGUUCCCCAGGGAGCAAGGGAGGAAGGAGAAGGAGACGCCGGAAGGUUCAGGCAAGAAGGGCACCCCAUCGCCAUCGGCUUCGAAACGGCCCCGAGUAGAUCAUCUUACUCCAAAGACAGAGCCGACGUUAGGGAAGAGGAAGGCGGGGGCAGAGGGGAAACAGUCAGCACCCUCUGCCCCAACGCCCGACUUCCACUCCAUCUUGGGAGGCACCGUGCUGGUCCUGAGCGGCUUCCAGAACCCCUUCCGCUCGGAACUGCGGGACAAGGCGCUUGAGAUGGGGGCUCGUUACCGGAGCGACUGGGACCCCGAGUGUACGCACCUGAUCUGUGCGUUUGCCAACACACCCAAGUACACGCAAGUGAAGGCACUGGGCGGCACCGUGGUGCGGAAGGACUGGAUUCUCGACUGUUACAAGCGAAGACGCCGGCUCUCUCACAAACGUUACCUGCUGGACAGGCCUGCUUCGAGCAGCGAGGAAGAUGAGGGGGAUGAAGAGCCCAGGCCCCCGGCACAGACAGCUCACGGGAAGGCCCCUCAGCUGGAGACCCAAAGCGAGCAGCAGGAUGCUGUUCCCAGCACCUCCCGGCAAAGCGAAAGGAUGGCCACUCCAGAGCGGGUCUACGAAGGGUCCACAGAUGAGGAAACAGAAGGAGCACAGAGGACGGUUGAUGACGAUUCUGGCUGUGACACGGAAGAUGAGAUUAAAAGGGUCCAGGAUCACCUCCAGAAACAGCAAGAAGAGGAGAGCGAUCCGUACGCGGCGUCCACCGAUGAGAACACGGAUGUAGAGGACACAGCACCGGAGAUCAGCCUGCCCAUUCCAGAGCUGCCUGAUCUCUUCGUGGGGAAGCACUUCCUCCUGUACGGGGAGUUUCCAAACAAUGAGCGUCGCCUAUUGACUCGUUACAUCACUGCCUUCAAUGGCUCACUGGAAGACUACAUGAGUGAGAGUGUUAACUUUGUGGUCACAGCUGAAGAUUGGGAUGACCGAUUUGAUGAGGCUCUGAUGGAGAACUCGAACCUGGCUUUCGUCCGCCCCCGCUGGGUGUACACUUGUAAUGAGAAGCAGAAGCUGGUCCCCCACCAGCCUUACGUGGUGGUUCCCAGCAUCUAGACCACCCAGCCAUCUGCAGGGGGAGAGAGUGGAGUCCACCUUAACCCAAGGAACUCCUCUCUCCCGUGCUGCCCCAUCUGUCACUGUGCCCCCUUUCUGCCUCCACCUUUCUGUCUGAUGCUGAAAGCUUGGGGGCAAUUUGGUCUUUGUUCUUCCCCAAUCGUCCCGACCUCUCUUGUACCUUUUUAUAGUGCUCUCUGCACCUUCCCCUUAGUGUGUCAAGGACAGACACACUCCCGCCUGCCUUUCCCUCGGGCACAAGAGUUUCCGUUGGUGCCACUUCUGACCUGUUUUGUGAUUUCUCAGAAUUCAGUUCUCAUCUUCUGUUGCUUCUAUUUUGAAAUACAGACAAUAAAACUAGGAUUUCACAAA